CAUGAGCACGCAUUGAACGUUAAUUUAAUAAUUUAAUUGAUUGCGUAAUAAUAACCGAUUGGGAAUUCAUACCACAAUAUUUUGAUAACAUGUUUUUCCAAUCAUUAAUAAAACCUUAUCUUAAGGUUUUCCAACAUUGGCGUACCAUGAGUCGACAAUGUGGACAUGAGCCUCGUUUAUUUGUAAUAACUCCUUCAAGAUGGCAAUGGCUUAAAACUAAAGACUUGUGGCUGUAUUAUAUGUGGAUUGGUUUUCUUGUAACUGGGACAAUUAUUACAGGAACAAAUAUAUUUAUUGGACCAGCACAAUUAGAAAAAAUUCCGUGUGGCUAUGUACCUCGUUAUUGGGAAUAUUAUCAACAUCCAAUAACACGUUUUCUAGCACAGUAUAUUUUUCCCAAUCCACAACAAGAGUAUGAAAAAAUGAUGCAUUAUUUAUAUGAAGAACACGAAAAAAUACAAAUACGAAAUUUGGAGAAAAAAAUACGCAAUUUAAUGAAUGAGAGACAUGAUUAUCAAGCAUGGUAUUAUAGACCAGGAAUUGCUAAGUAUCAUCGUGCAUCUAAAGAAGCUGCAGAUUAUUUGCUAAGUCUUCGAGGAGAUUAAAAUA